AUUUAGAAUACUUCUCUGAAACACUGCUCGAGAUGCUCUAAGUCUUAGUUCAAUCUGCCCUCCCUGCCAAUCUCAAAGAGAAACAAUUUCACAUUGCUUGGUUGAGUGCUCUUUUGCUUGCACUGUGCUAGGAAAAAAUUAAACCGGAACAGAGAACUGGAUUAAACCGGAAGGAGAUAUGAUAAAGAUCAAUGUUGAUGUUGAUGCAGCUUUCUUUAACGUACCGUUUUGUUUGUGUGGCGAGAAAUGGUACAAGAGCUGUUUUGGAGGCAAUAACGAGUUGUCGUACAGGUGAUAUCGCACCAGGCAGAAGCGAAGGGUGUAAGAGCAUCUCCAAGAGUAUAAGAAUGUCCCCCUAGUUUAAUCGCCAAUUGCCCCGUAACCCUAGCCCUACCGGCUUCUCACCACUUCAUCUCUCAGCAAUUAACCAUGGUGCAGACCCGAUCAAUGUCGAAAGCUGAUACCGAGACUGCUACUGAUACCCAGAUUGUCGGGAGAGCGAGCAAGCAAACAAGGAAAAAGGCUACAAAGAAUGCUGAUUGCUAUUUCAAGUGCUCAACACUAGACAACAAAGCUAAGAAAACAGUUAGCUAUCUGAAACUCCCAACAAAAGGCAACGAAGCUCUGUUCAUUUUCAUGGAGGACUAUAUCAUUCGACAUCCAGUGCAAGACUCCUCACAAUUUCACACCGUAGACUUUGCUGGACAGGAAGAAUGGAGACAGAUGAGUGAUCUUCAAAGAGCUCCGUUUGUUAAAGAGGCCAUGGUGCGGACCAGAUCAAUGUUGAAAGCUGAUACCGAGACUGCUACUGAUACCAAGAUUGUCGGGAGAGCGAGCAAGCAAACAAGGAAAAAGGCUACAAAGAAUGCUGAUUGCUAUUUGAAGCGCUCAACACUAGACAGCAAAGCUAAGAAAACAGUUAGCCCAACAAUAGACAGCGAAGCUAUGUUCAUUUUCAUGGAGGACUAUAUGAUUCGACAUCCAGUGCAGGACUUCUUACAAUUUGACCUCAUAGACUCUGCUGGACAGAAAGAAUGGAGACAAAUGAGUGAUCUUCAAAAAGCUCCUUUUGUUAAAACGGCCAUGGAAAGGAGGGAAAAGAGGGCUAAGCCAGCACAUUGAUUAGGGAUGAAUUCUAGUCUCUAGACGUUUUCAGCUUGGUUCCUUAUUUAAUUCUGUUUAUGGUAGUUUUAUCUUUGCUGCUGUGUUGAACUCGUUUUUUUUUCUAAUAUUCUACCGUCAUUUUUCAUGUUUAAUGUUAAAAGAACUAGAAUCGUGUUUUACCAAAGCUUGACAUUAAAUUAAUAGAAGGUUGGGAUUUUAUAUCUCUGAGGCAGAGGAGUGUUGGGAUUACCCUAUUUUCUACUGGAAGCAUUAGAUUCUGGACAAUAUUCAUGUACAAACUCUGAUGAAGAGCCCUGCAUAGGGCAUAUGAUGUAGGCUAAUCUUCCUGUGAAUGGGUUUGUCAAGUCUGUUGUCACAACUAUAUACUUUGACUUGGUCAAUGAAAGGCCGACUUCCAUAAAAAAAAAAAGGUUUCAAGAUUAAUUGUUUUGUCACUGAAAUAGUUUGUUUAAUUUUUGGUGAUGCUAACUUUCGAAUUUAUAGAAUUUAUGUUCAUGGACAAAGUUAGUCGUAAUUGUGCUGUUGUAUGCAUUCUGCUUGCUAUGGGCAUUACAAGGGAUGGAUUGUUUUAGGUAGUGUUCAAUGGGGCCCAGUGCAGAAUUGUUUUUUUUUUUGACAAUGCAGGCUUAUAUGCCUUACAACUUAGUAUCUGUUCUAAUAAUUCUCGGAGUGAGCCAGAGUCGAACCCGGGUGCCCCGGGUCAACAGAGGAUAAACCCACCACUGGGCUAUCCAAUCGUGCUCGUGCAGAAUUGUUUUCAAGGCCUGUAAGUUUGUUGAAAAUACAGGGGAUCGUUUCUUAUCCCUCUAAAUCAUAAAUCCUGUUACAUAAAAAAACCACUUUUUUCCAUGCACUACCCCAAGACUUCAUAUCUAAUUACAAAUUUUGCCACCGGAAAGCUACACAUUCUUCAAGUCACGUGAAUUGAAUACCGUCUUUGGCUAAGCAUUUAAUGAGCAGUCAAUGGUGACCACCAGGUCCACCAUGAGCUCCAUUAGCUUCCGUCCAAAACAAUGUUGUAUUUUUCCAGAAACUACUUUCUUUAGUGUAUCAAGAAAAGUUACAAUGACUUGAAGCUCCAUGAUUUCAACUCAUUCAUAUAUGAUAUUGGUUGGUGCUGGUGGUUUCAAGAUCUUCACAUCCCCUAAUUUUAAUGCUUGGAGAAUUGCAUGAUUGCACUCAGAUUGCAGUGUAAAGAAUGGAAUUUGGGUUGUGUGUACAAAAGGACUGAAUCAAUUCCAAGCAGAAUUGUUAUUGCUGAUAGGAUAGAAAUUGUUUCCUGGAAGCUGAAGAUGUCAAGUCAGAGUGCUAGAGGCCUUUUUUGUCACACUUUAUAAGAGAGUUCAAGGUUUGGAAAGUUAUAAUCCCACAAAUCCAGUAGAUUCAGCUGGGUAUCUUGAGCAUUGGAUUAAACCACCGGUGAACUGCAUUAUAGGCAACUGUGAUGCUACGAUCUUUACACAAGGUGCUCGGUCUGGAGUUGGUUGUAUAACCAGAGGCCCAAAGAUAUUAAUGGGAUUUUGAUGAGAGCUGUUGCUCCUGAAAUUCUUUGGGCUGAGACAAUAGUUAUUCGGGAGGUGCUUAGUUGGAUCUAGCGGGAAAUAAAGGCAAGUGAAGCUAAUAUUUGUAACAAUCAGUUAUCGUAUGUGAGGAAAUCUGACUGCCAACUUGCUAUAAGGAUCAUUCUUAACAGGGAAGCAAUUUACUCGCCCUUUAGUAAUGCAGUUGAUAAAUGCAGGAACAUCAUAGAUUCUCUAAACAAUAUUAAAAUUGUUUUUGUAAAAUGACGGGGCUGCAGAUUGGCUUGCAUGGUCAUCAUGUUCUAUGCCAGGUUGUAUUGCCAGUGGGGGUUCUGUCCCUUUUAAGCUUCAUAGCAUUUUAUAUGCUGAUAUGAGUUAAUGAAAAUUUAACAUUCCUGACAUUUGAAAUGUAUACUUAAUGGAAUUUUUUUACCUU